AGCUGGCCGAGGCUGCGGGCCCGGAGGACGCGCUGGCCGCUGGACUGAUUGAGGGGCCGACCCGGUGUUCGGGGUUACGGAGGGUGCGGCACGGGCUGGGUCCGAGGGAACCCCCAAGGUCCUGUCCGAAGACUACAUUGACUUCUCUGGAGUGGAAGGCACUGGAAGGCAGACCAGCCAUCAUGUCCACAUUUAGACAGGAAGAUGUGGAAGACCACUAUGAAAUGGGGGAGGAGCUGGGCAGCGGCCAGUUUGCCAUCGUGCGGAAGUGCCGGCAGAAGGGCACCGGCAAGGAGUACGCGGCCAAGUUCAUCAAGAAGCGCCGCCUGUCCUCCAGUCGGCGCGGGGUCAGCCGCGAGGAGAUCGAGCGGGAGGUGGACAUCCUGCGGGAGAUCCGGCACCCCAACAUCAUCACGCUGCACGACAUCUUCGAGAACAAGACGGACGUGGUGCUCAUCCUGGAGCUGGUGUCUGGCGGGGAGCUCUUUGACUUCCUGGCGGAGAAGGAGUCGCUGACGGAGGACGAGGCCACGCAGUUCCUCAAGCAGAUCCUGGACGGCGUCCACUAUCUGCACUCCAAGCGCAUCGCCCACUUUGACCUCAAGCCAGAGAACAUCAUGCUCUUGGAUAAGAAUGUGCCCAACCCACGGAUCAAGCUCAUUGACUUUGGCAUCGCCCACAAGAUUGAAGCAGGGAAUGAGUUCAAGAACAUCUUUGGUACCCCAGAGUUUGUGGCUCCCGAGAUCGUCAACUAUGAACCCCUGGGGCUGGAGGCAGACAUGUGGAGCAUCGGCGUCAUCACCUACAUCCUCUUGAGUGGCGCGUCCCCUUUUCUGGGUGAAACCAAGCAGGAGACGCUGACCAACAUCUCGGCCGUGAAUUACGACUUCGACGAGGAGUACUUCAGCACCACCAGCGAGCUGGCCAAGGACUUCAUCCGCCGGCUGCUUGUCAAAGACCCCAAGAGGAGAAUGACCAUCGAUCAGAGCCUGGAGCAUUCCUGGAUCAAGGCCAUCCGGCGGCGCAACGUGCGCAGAGAGGACAGCGGCAAGAAGCCCGAGCGGCGGCGCCUGAAGACGGCGCGCCUCAAGGAGUACACCAUCAAGUCGCACUCCAGCAUGCCCCCCAACAACACCUACAUCAACUUCGAGCGCUUCUCCAAGGUGCUGGAGGAGGUGGCGGCGGCGGAGGAGGGCCUGCGCGGCCUGGAGCACAGCCGGCGCCUGUUCCACGAGGACGUCGAGGCGCUGACGGCCAUCUACGAGGAGAAGGAGGCCUGGUACCGGGAGGAGCACGAGAGCAUCGGCCAGGACCUGCGGCGGCUGCGGCAGGAGCUGCACAAGACCGAGGCGCUCAAGAGGCAGGCCCAGGAGGAGGCCAAGGGGGCCCUGCUGGGGGCCAACGGGCUCAAACGCCGCUUCAGCCGCCUGGAGAACCGCUACGAGGCCCUGGCCAAGCAGGUGGCCUCCGAGAUGCGCUUUGUGCAGGACUUGGUGCGGGCCAUGGAGCAGGAGAAGCUGCAGGGUGGGGAGUGUGGCCUCCGCUAGGGCCCUGGGGGGGCGGGCGGCCUGGGGGCGUGGGCAAGGGGAGCUCAGCCUUGGCACCAGGCCCCUGCACCUUUGCCCGGGGUGGUGAGUCCCUGGAGCCUAGGAAUUCACGGUGCGACGAAGGGACCCUGCCCCAGGAAGACUCGGCCGGUCUGGGCCCGCGGACUGUCUCCUGCCAGCUGAGCUGCUGACCUCGGUGACUCGGCGUCUCUGCAGGCCUCUUGGGGACUGGGACUGGGGACUGCCAGGGUCACUGCCACCCUGAGGUGGACCUGGCCGUGGCUGCAGAAACGCCACACACCUGGCUGGCGGCGGGCGCAGCAGCCCGCCUAGGGCCGGGUCGGGCCCGUGGCCCAGCACACAGCAGUUGGUGCCGCGCCUCCACGCCAGUGCAAGUCCGCGGAGUGCAGGGGCCUCUGGGCAAGCGCUGUGAUCCCCAAGGCCGCACCCUGCCCCGGCCCUGGGCGGGCGCAGGCUCGGGGUUUGCGCGUCAUCCCCCGUGAGCCCGGGAGCCUCGAUGCACUUGGACUCUGGUGUGCUGCCCUAGACCGGGGCCCUGGGUCUGUGGGCCGUGCCUCCACGCCGGGGCUGCCCGGGGGCUCUGCGCGGCGUGGGGCGCUGGCCCGUGGCUGCGCUGCAGGGGGUUGAGCCUCGCAGGGCACCGGCGCAGCCCCCCUCUCCCUCCGCCCCGGAGUUCUCAGGACAGAACCAGCCUGGGCGGAGCGAAGGGGCAGACCCCCGCAGGGUCUCUGGCCGUGCCAGGGCCCCACCACGCUCCCCACUGGCGCCCUGUGUGGCUGCGCCCGUCUGCAGCAUUGUCCUGUGGGAAGCCCCAAGGAAAUAAAGCCACUUCCUGCCGCCCA